AUGGAUACCGACGCUGUGGACCCAAAAAGUCGGCAUAAGGGAAAGCUGGAGACACAGAGCCUGCUGGAGACGAGCGGCGUGAACUGGACGUCCAUCAGACCGGUCUACAUCUACGGCCCUCUCAACUACAACCCCGUGGAGGAGUGGUUCUUCCACCGGCUCAAGGCUGGUCGCCCGAUCCCCAUCCCUAACGCUGGGAACCAGAUCACCCAGCUCGGCCAUGUCAAGGAUUUGGCGAUGGCCUUCAUCAAGGUCCUCGGCAACCCCAAGGCGAGCAAGCAGGUGUACAACAUCUCCGGCAGCAAGUAUGUCACCUUCGACGGGAUAGCACGGGCAUGCGCAAAGGCUGGAGGGUUUCCUGAGCUGGAGAUCAUCCACUACAAACCCAAGGACUUCGAUUUCGGCAAGAAGAAGGCCUUCCCCUUCAGAGACCAGCAUUUCUUCGCGUCGGUGGAGAAGGCCAGCAAGGACCUCGGGGUUACGCCGGAGUACGACCUCCUCGACGGCUUGACGGACUCGUACAACCUUGACUUCGACCGCGGGACCUUCAGGAAGGAGGCUGACUUCACCACAGACGACAUGAUCCUCGGCAAGAAGCUCGUGAGCAUCUGAGGCGUGCAUGGACGGGCUCAUGGCAGUGCAAAGCGUGUGGCAACAGCGUGUGCGGCGUGCAUAUGUAGCACAGGGAAGACGAUCUCAGUUUUGGGAUGUAGGUUGAGGUUCACUCAUCCGAUGAAAUGUACUACUGACACCUAAUUCUCUCCUCGUGUCAUUUGCUUUACUUCGGUUCAGUUUAUACGUGGUUUUCUUUUUGUAAUGAUAUAUUGGUUUUCUAAGAUCGGAACUGAAUUUGACCACUCAAGAUUUUGAAAAUCAAAUCCGAUGGAUAGAAACAUUCCGUUUAAGAGCA